AUGUCUUUUUCAAAGUUACUUGAACACUUGAAAUCAAAUACAAAUCGAUUUUUGAAAACAGAGAAAGGCCAAUUAAAUAAAAAAUCUACUAAAAGUUUAUUUCCAGAUACUUCAAAAGAAAGGCGUACUAUUUAUGUAAAUGUCGAUAUUCCACCUGAUAAUUUAGACGAAUAUGGUCAACCUACUACAACUUAUAUCUCUAAUCGAAUUAAUACAGCAAAAUAUACUUGGUAUACCUUUCUGCCAAAAAAUUUAUUUGAACAGUUUCGUGGAAUUGCAAAUCUUUAUUUUUUAUUCCUAGUUAUCCUUCAAAUGUUUCCUCUCUUCAGUACCACAGCCUCCCCGGUAUUAGUAGUGUUACCUUUAGCUGCUAUAUUGAUUUUAACAGGCGCUAAAGAUGCUGUAGAAGAUAAUAAACGACGUCAAACAGACGAAAGCGUUAAUAAAACUGUAACAUAUACACUAUCAGAUUGGAAAAACGUCAAUAUACCUGUAUAUAAAGUUGCAAGGUGGAAACGAGUCUUAUAUUCGAUAAAGAGGUUCCUUUCUUAUCGAAAAUCAGACGUAUCGUCAAAGAUCAAUAUCACUAUAACGGAUACGGAUUCGAGCUAUCGACAUCCAUUACCUUCUGUCACAUCAACAUUAAAGAAUACAAUCAAAUCUACAGCCUCUCUUCCAAAGAUAAUCUUGUUAAAAAGGAAACAUAUGCCUUAUCGACCUGGUCAAUUACCACAUUCUGUCUUACCAUCUAAUGUAAAAGAUGAAAACGAAAAGAAGAGACCAACAUCAGUUCGUAUACCUUUAGAUAAAGGAUGGAAACCUACAUUAUGGGAAAAUAUAAAAGUCGGUGAUUUUGUCUUUCUUCGUAAUGACGAUCCUAUUCCUGCUGAUAUAGUCAUCCUAUCAAGCUCAGAACCUGAUGGGCUUUGCUAUGUUGAAACGCAAAAUUUGGAUGGUGAAACUAACUUGAAAAUCAAAAGAUCACUUCAAGCCACAAACAUACUUAGCACUCCUGAAGAUUGUAAAAAUAGUAAAUUCUAUAUCGAAAGCGAACCUCCGCAUGCUAAUUUAUAUUCCUAUAAUGGUGUCUUGAAAUGGAAGAUUGAUACCAUACACACAAAAGAAAAAUUAACUGGAGAUGAAGGAUUUAGCUCUACUACGAUAACUAAGGAUGAAGAUGAAAUGGAGUUGGAAACAAUAAAUGAAAUAUCAAAUCUAUACGAUGAUGAAAUAAUAUCAGAAGUAUCUCACGAGAAAACAGAAGCAAUCACAGCAAAUUCAACUUUAUUGCGUGGCUCUGUCUUAAGAAAUACAGGCUGGGUUAUUGGUCUUGUCUUAUUUACGGGGAAUGAAACAAAAAUUAUGCUUAAUUCAGGGAAAACGCCAAGUAAACAAAGUAAAAUGGAAAAAGCUACAAAUCCAUUUGUUAUUGUUAAUUUUAUAUUAUUAUUGAUCUUGUGUUUAAUAUGUUCUAUUGCUGCAAGCAUAAUUUAUAAUAAGAAUUAUUCUUCUGCAAGUUUUUUUGAAAGCAAAGAUGCUGAAAGUGGAGCUAUGGAAGGAUUCAUUAUGUUUUGGACAACAUUAGUUAUUUAUCAAAAUAUCAUACCCAUUUCUUUAUAUAUUUCCGUCCAAAUCGUCAAAACUGCAGCUGCUUACUUUAUUCAUACAGAUAUUGAUCUUUAUAAUGAGAAACUUAAUCAACCCUGUAUACCUAAAACUUGGAAUAUAUCUGAUGACCUCGGACAAAUAGAAUAUAUUUUUUCUGAUAAGACAGGCACUCUUACACAAAACAUUAUGGAAUUUAGACGAUGCACUAUUAAUGGUAUCUGUUAUGGCUUAGGUGAGACAGAGGCAUCUAUUGGAGCCAAGCUAAGAGACAAUAAAGAUGCAUAUACCCCAGAGAUUGAUAUUGAUAAGGCACGAGAAGAAAUGUUACAAAAGCAAAGUGAGCUCUUUGACCACAAAUAUGCCAGCUCAAGCUCAACUUUUGUGGACCCACAGUUAUUUGAUGACAUUAGUGCUCAGGAUGAACAAUCACAAAAUAUAGUUCAUUUCUUUUCAGCAUUGGCAUUAUGUCACACCGUUAUUCCUGAAAUACCUGAUGAGUCUGCUCCAAAUGUGAUUGAAUAUAAAGCUCAAUCUCCAGAUGAAGCCGCUUUAGUAGCGACUGCUCGUGAUAUGGGAUUUACAUUUGUAGCCAGAGAACAAGAUAAUGUAAUGGUUGAUAUUAUGGGUGAGCUACGUUCUAUGGAAUUGUUGCAUGUUUUAGAAUUUAAUUCAACAAGAAAGCGUAUGAGUAUUAUCAUGAGAUCACCUCAAGAGGGUAAAAUCAUACUACUUUGCAAAGGUGCUGAUUCUGUCAUUUAUGAAAGGUUAUCCACUGGUCUUGAGAGUUUAACAGAUGAAGCCAGUAAAAAUCAACUAAAAGUAAGAGAAGAAACAUUACAACAUUUAGCUACUUUUGCUAACGAAGGUCUUAGAACAUUGUGCAUCGCUAGUCGUGUUAUUGAUGAAGAUGAAUAUCAGAAAUGGGUCAUACGUUAUAAGGCGGCAUCCAACAGUAUUAGUAACCGUGACGAACAGAUUGAAAGUGUAUGUGAAGAAAUCGAAAAAUCAUUGACAUUAAUGGGCGGCACUGCUAUUGAAGAUAAACUGCAAGAAGGUGUCCCUGAUACCAUCGCUGUCCUUGCAGAAGCUGGUAUAAAAAUUUGGGUACUUACUGGUGAUAAAGUUGAAACAGCUAUUAAUAUUGGUUUUGCUUGCAAUCUACUUACGAAAGACAUGCUAUUAAUUAGCGUGAAUGCACGAGAUGAAGGAGAAACAAAGGAACAAUUACAAAAAUCGCUAGAUGAAGUAGAAGAAAAAUCCAAGAUACAAAAGUGUGCCUUAGUAAUUGAUGGUGAGUCCUUAAAGUUUGCAUUAGAAGACCCUUGUAAUCAAGUCUUAUUAAAGCUUGGAGUACAAUGCUGUGCGGUUAUUUGCUGUCGUGUGAGUCCAAUGCAAAAAGCAAAGGUAGUCAAUCUUGUUAAAAAGGGUCUAAAAGUUAUGACUUUAGCCAUUGGAGAUGGAGCCAAUGAUGUUUCGAUGAUACAAGCGGCAAACGUUGGCAUAGGAAUAUCCGGGGAAGAAGGAAGACAAGCUGUGAUGGCAUCUGAUUAUGCAAUUGCCCAAUUCAGUUAUUUAAGUAAAUUAUUAUUAGUACAUGGCCGGUGGUCAUAUUUACGUACAUCAGAAAUGAUCAUGACUUUCUUUUACAAAAAUAUUAUGUGGACUUUAGUAUUAUUCUGGUAUCAAUUAAUAUGCGGAUUUACUGGUACUAUGAUGUUUGAUUAUUCCUAUAUCACUUUAUAUAAUCUUGUUUUUACAUCUUUACCGUGUAUCUUUGCAGGCGUAUUUGAUCAAGAUUUGAAAGCAGAAUACUCUUUCAAAUUUCCUCGGUUGUAUUUAAUGGGUAUUCGAAAUGAUAAAUUUACGCCCACUAUUUUUUUCCUAACCGUUUUUGAUGCUAUUUAUCAAUCUGCUGUUUGCUUUGGAUUGCCGUACAUGAUGUUCAUAGGGCCAAAAAUGAGUAGUAAUGGUUAUGAUACUGAAGGAGUUUUCGAACUUGGUACAUUUAUAGCCGGUAUUGCAGUUGUUGUAGCUAACAUUCUUGUCGGUCUUACGAUCUUCAGCUGGACCUGGAUUAUGAUUUUAUGCAUUAUUAUUUCUUGUGCAACUUUCUUUAUCUGGACUGGGAUUUAUUCUAAUAUCAUGACAUUUACAUUCUAUGGUGAAGCCAUUCUAUUUAGUGAAGGAACAUUCUGGCUUUGUCUUAUUUUGACUUUUAUUGUUUGUCUAUUGCCCAGAUUUAUCGCAAAGUAUUAUUUACAGACAUACUAUCCCUUCGAUAAUGAUAUCAUUAGAGAAAUUGUUCUUUGUAACUGCUCUAAAUUUGAUGAAAAUAGUAAAUCCAGAAAAAGAUAUGAUACAAAAGGCUUAGAGGAAGAGGAAGAGAUACCUAUUAACAUGAUGAGAACAAGAUCAUGUGUAUCUUCUUCAGAUCAACAAAACUAUAAUCAAUCCUAUGUUUCUGAUGAAGAGGAUAUAUAUGAAGAAGAUUAUGAACUUAAGAAGAAGCAGAGGAAACGUAGUCGAUUCGGUUUGCGUCGUACUUUGGCUACUAAAUUUGGCAAUAGCGAAAUUAUGAAUAUGAAAACUGGUAAAAGAAUGUCAUUUACAGGUUUUGCUUACUCUUCAGAUGAUAGUCAUGUUUUUGAUGAAUAUCGAAAAUCUGUGUAUCGCACAAAUACUAUUGGAAGUACUCUAUCACGGUCUAGUUUCAAAUCUCAAUUAUCUAUGGUAAGCUUACCUGAAGGAAAGGAAAAUGGUUAUUGUAGAAUUAGCCAAGAUUGGAUGCCUAUAAAUAAACUUCGUCUUCGACAUUAUGGUACAGAACCUGCUUUGUUUUCUCCAAAGAAGCAAACGAAUACUUUUGGUAGAAGAAUGUUAAAUGUAUUGAUGAAAAAUCGAAUAACAAAGCAUCAAUAUAGAGAAGAAGAAGAAGAAGAUAAAUCUGCAAUUAUUACAAGAAAAUCUUCCGUAGAUUCAAGCCAACUUGGUAAUAGUCAUAUUUUAUUGCCUUUAAUAACGAAUCAAAAUGAAGACUUUGUAACACCUUCACCUUCAUCAGAAAAUAUGACAACAUACCAAAGUAUUACAAAAGCUGAGCCUAUUAAAUCCUCUUUUCAUCAUCAAUAUCAUCAAAGCAGCCAUAAUAGUGCUACUCAUAAAAAUGAACAAUCUCAUUCACACUCCCCUAGUCCAUUAGAUUCAGCUUCGUCCUUUCCGCCUACUCAUUAUUAA